AUGCAUCUUUUCUCAUUGGGUUUCGGUACCGAUCCACUGCUAACCGAGUCUACCAGUUUAACUGGAGACAAAACUUUGGCUUUGCAUGAUAUCACCGAUACGUGGCCUGGGUCAGGAGAUCAGAACACAAAUCUGUCUGGGUCUACGGUGUCCGGAUUUGGGGUCACUGAUCGUCCAGUGACGCCUCAUCUGACCGGAUCGGCCCCGGAGUUGCUCGGAUCACCCAGUUCCACUGGGACCGGUUUGGGUUUUAGUGGAAAUCAUAGACCUGAGCUUAGCACACCAAAACAAUCGGAGAUGACUAUGAAAUCGGAGAGCCCUUUGCUCCCGGUGACUCCGGUCACACACAGCAUGAAUGCAGAUCCGGAAUCUGUUCCAGAUGAAUCUACAUUGUCAUCGGAGACAAACGCUAUUGGGACAGCAGGAAGUACCACCAGCAGUAUACCAAUCGGAUCUCAUUCUAAAGCCAGUCGGAAACCGCUCAGACCACAAAUGGUUCGUCAGUUCUCGAAUGAUUGGGCGCCCAAAAAUGACGAUCCUAUUCGCACUCCUGAGGCACAGACAAAAUCGGACUAUCUGGACUGGUUUGGUUCUGUUGAAGAUGAGUGUUCCUCAUCGACUCUGAACUACGGACAAUCGGUUGGCUAUGUGGUGGAUUCCAGUGUCAGUAUCAAUAGACGCUUUCUGAACCCGUUUACCAGUAACACUGAAAAACGUGUGGUGGCCUCACUACGAGACGAUUUACUUCGUGGUUCAUUUGCACAGAGUGGUGAGAUGACAGGCGUCGUUAGUGCGUGUAUGGUCAUAUUGCGAUGGAAGGCAGUUCAAAGAGAGUCCUGGUUAGCGACCGAAGCAAGAAUGGGGCCCAUCCGACCAGACGCGCAGACGCAGCGGCGGGAAGUGCCUCGCGAGACAAUGUUGACUACCACCCGAAACGAGCGAAUCGACAAUUACAGCCCGACAGACAAUCCGCAGCUAACGGGAAAGUUACCUACCCAAUGCCACAACGUCGGAGCUGUCAAUCAACGCAUCUCGCGCCGCGAUCGGGUCAAACCAGUCGGAAUGGCACGCGGGAGAAGAGGCAACGUACGUGCCAAGUGCGGACCAAGACCAGCAAGGAAUGACCCACAGAAAGAGGCAUGA